AUGGCUACAGCAGAUGGACCAGUUAACGUUCCACUACUGACCAAGACCAUCUCUGGUCUGAGUCCGGCUCAUAACGAACGAGUCUGCAGCACCUGGGGCAAUUUUAAUUUUAAAACCUACGAUGGAGACUUUUUCCAGCUCCAUUCCACCUGUAACUACAUCCUGACAUCACAGUGCUCAAGCAGCUAUGAAGACUUCAACAUUCAGCUGAGGCGACAGGUCAUCAAUGGCGAGCCCCUGAUCAGCAAGAUCACCAUGAAGCUUGAUGGCACAGUAGUGGAACUUUCCAAAGGCUCCAUCAGUGUAGAUGGACACCAGGUCACUUUGCCUUACAGCCAUUCUGGUGUCCUCAUUGAGGAAAAUCCCACUUACAUUAAAGUCACUGCCAAGCUGGGACUUGUGGCCAUGUGGAAUGGAAAUGAUGCUUUCAUGGUGGAAUUGGACAACAAAUACAAAAAUCAGACUUGCGGACUUUGCGGUGAUUUCAAUGGAGUUCAGCUCUACAAUGAGUUCAUCAAAAAUGGGGUUGAGAUCUCACCAUCAGACUACGCCCAAUUUUCAAAGAUGGACGCUCCGACGGAGAGCUGCAGUGAAUCACCACCUCCUUCAGUGGACACCUGCAUGAGACUGACGUCAGUGUGUGAGCAGUUGUUCUCAGGUCCAGCUUUCAGUGACUGUGAAAACCUUGUCUCCCUCGACUACUUCAUCAAAGCCUGUGAAUCGGACAUGUGCCAGUGCAGCAUCAACUCCACCAACUUCUGCCUGUGCAGCACCAUCUCUGAGUUUUCACGCCAGUGUGUGCAUGCUGGAGGAAAGCCGAGCCAGUGGAGGACGGAGCAGUUCUGCCCCAAAGCAUGCCCUUAUCCAAACAUGGUGCAUAAGGAGUGUGGGAACCCUUGCAUUAAUACCUGCUCAAAUCCUGACCGAGGACAAGUUUGUGCGGAACACUGUAUCGAUGGCUGUUUCUGCCCUCCAGGUUUGGUCCUGGAUGAUCUGACUGGUCAAGGGUGCAUUGCACAGGAUCAUUGCUCCUGCAUUCAAAAUGGCAAAAUCUAUCAGACUGGUCAGAACUUUAGCAGCAACUGUAAAGAAUGCACGUGUACCUCUAACCAGUGGAGCUGCAUACAGAAAGAUUGCCCUGGUACAUGCUCUGUGGAGGGUGGCUCUCACAUCACAACGUUUGAUGGAAAAACAUACAACUUCCAUGGUGACUGUACCUACAUCCUGGCUGAGCAAACCAAAGGUGCUGAGUUUGUGGUUGUAGGGGACCUAGUGCGUUGUGGUUUAACGACUACUGAAACAUGUCUGAAGGCCGUGACCCUGGCUCUGUCUGCAGGAAACACUGUGUUUAACAUCCAGCCUGACGGAAAGGUCUUUCUCAACCGAAUCUACUCUCAGCUUCCUCUCUCUACAGCUGGUGUGAAUGUUUUCCGCCCGACCACAUUUUACAUCGUUGUCCAGACGUCUUUUGGGCUUCAGCUGGAGAUUCAGCUUGUGCCCAUCAUGCAGGUUUACAUAACAGUGGAUGUGUCUCACAAGCAAAACUUACUGGGUCUGUGCGGAAACUUUAAUGACGUCCAAAGUGAUGAUUUCACAACCAUGAGUGGAUCACGUGAAGGAACCGGUGUUGGUUUUGGGAACAGCUGGAGGACACGAGCUAGCUGUCCUGAAAUGAAGAACACCUUUGAGAACCCAUGUAGUCUUAGUGUGGAAAACGAAAAAUAUGCUCAGAAGUGGUGUUCCUUGCUGUCAGACCCUAAUGGUGUUUUUGCUUCUUGUCACGCUGAGAUCAGCCCAGAUAUCUACCAAAAGAACUGCAUAUAUGACACCUGCAACUGUGAGAACAGUGAGAACUGCAUGUGUGCAUCUCUCUCAUCCUACGUACAUGCCUGUGCUGCUAAAGGAAUCUUGCUCACUGGAUGGAGGAGUGAAGUGUGCAUGAAAUAUGCCACCAGCUGUCCAAGCACCAUGGUUUACACCUAUGACAUCCGCAGUAGCACUCAGUCAUGCCGCUGUCAAAGCGACCCAGAUUUCACCUGCUCUGUGACCUUUGACCCAGUGGAUGGAUGUGUUUGUGCCGAAGGAACAUAUCUCAGUGAUAAUGGCAAAUGUGUUUCCCUGGAUAAAUGUUCCUGCUACUACAAAGGGUCUGUGAUUCCUCCUGCAGAAGUCAUCAGCAAAGACGGCAUCAUGUGCACCUGUAAGAAUGGCAAACUCAGCUGUAUUGGAUCUACAACCGAUGAGCCAUCUUGUACCUCACCUAUGGUGUUCUUUAACUGCUCUGAUGCUACAGGAUCUACAGGCGCUGAGUGCCAAAAGAGCUGUAACACUCUCGACAUGCCCUGUAUCAGCACAGAAUGUGUCUCAGGCUGUAUGUGUCCUGCGGGACUUGUGUCCGAUGGGAAAGGCGGCUGCAUUGAUGAGGCUCUUUGUUCUUGCGUCCAUAACAGUCAAAUCUUUCAGCCUGGAGAAUCCAUUAAAGUCGACUGCAACACCUGCACAUGCAAAGACAGGAAAUGGCAGUGUAGCACAGAUUUGUGCCACGGGACCUGUACGGUGUAUGGUGAUGGCCAUUACAUAACAUUUGAUGGAAAAAGAUACACUUUUGAUGGCGACUGCGAAUACACUCUCGUCAGAGAUCAUUGCAGCCACAGCAAUACCAGCGGCACUUUCAGAGUAAUCACAGAAAACAUUCCCUGUGGAACAACUGGCACUACCUGCUCCAAAGCAAUCAAACUUUUUCUGGGGAGUAAUGAGCUUUUACUAACAGAUGGAGGCUAUGAAGUUAUUCAGAGAAAUGCAGGAGAUGAAAUUCCCUAUCAGAUCAGUGUGAAGGGAAUUUACAUGGUUAUUGAAGCUAAUAAUGGGUUAAUUCUAAUGUGGGACAAGAAGACAAGUAUAUUCAUCAAGCUAAGCCCUGACUUUAAGGGCGAAGUUUGUGGUCUUUGCGGAAAUUAUGAUGGCAACACAAAAAAUGACUUCACCUUGAGAAACCAAGGUGUGGUAAACAAUGCACUGGAAUUUGGAAACAGCUGGAAGGAGUCAUCCAGUUGCCCUGAUGCAAGUCAGAUCAAAAAUCCAUGUACCUUUAACCCCUAUCGGCAAGCCUGGGCUCAGAAACAGUGCAGCAUCAUCAUGAGUGAAAUCUUUGUGACCUGUCACACACAUGUUGACCCCGCACCGUAUUAUUCUGCAUGCGUCAGAGAUGCAUGUGCAUGUGAUAGUGGUGGAGAUUGCGAGUGCUUCUGCACAGCUGUAGCUGCUUAUGCGGAAGCUUGUAACGAGGGUGAAGUAUGUGUUGCAUGGAGAACACCAAAAGUCUGCCCACUGUUUUGUGAUUACUACAAUCCUCCUGAUGAGUGUGAAUGGCACUACAAACCUUGUGGAUCACCCUGUAUGAAGACCUGCAGGAACCCUGACGGAACAUGCUCCAGUCAGAUACCACCAUUGGAAGGCUGUUACCCGAAAUGCCCUGUUGAUCAGCCAUAUUUUGAUGAGGACACAAUGAAAUGUGUGAAAAAAGAAAGCUGUGGCUGCUAUUACAAAGCGAAACAUUACAACAAUGGAGACAAGGUUCCAAGCACCAAAAAUUGCCAGAAAUGCUAUUGCAGUGCAUCAGAAAUCCAUUGUGAAACAGAUGACAGUGCUUGUACCUGCCAAUAUAAAGGAACAAUAUAUCACUAUGGUGACACUGUUUACAACACUACUGAUGGAUAUGGCAACUGCAUCACAGCUAAAUGUGGAAAAAAUGGAAAUCUUGACAGGGCAUCAUAUCCUUGCCCUACAACACUACCACCAACAACAACUGUCUUCGACUUCUCUUCAACAUCUGUGUCUACUAUGCAUUCCAGUACCCCAGUGUCAACACAACCAGCAACGACAACAGGUCCAACAUCUACUACAUGCCAGCAAUCAUGUGAAUGGUCAAAAUGGUUCGACACAACAUUCCCCACACCUGGAUCAAGUGGAGGUGACUCUGAAACAUACAAAAAUAUUAGGGAGGCUGAAUUAGGGCAGGAAUUGACAUGUAAUGCCCAAGAUGGAUUAAUUUGUCUCAACCAAGAUCAAGGUCUUCAGGAGCAGUGUUUUGACUAUGAACUCAGAGUGUAUUGUUGUGAAAUGAAAGGAGUUGGGUGUACAACUACUCACACUCCAAUUUCCAGCACAACAAUGACAACACCUGAAACAACAACGACUACACCCAUUAAAACGCCAACAACUACACCCACAACAACAACAACAACAACUACACCCACAACAACUACUACUACUACAACAACACCAACAACGACUACACCCACAACAACACAAACAAUUACACCCACAACAACACCAACAACUACACUCACAACAACACCAACAACUACACCCACAACAACAACUACACCCACAACAACACUAACAACAACAACAACGACCCCCACUACAACAUCACCAUUAACACCAAAGCCUACAACUCAAACUCAUACCACAAAAUCAUGCACAGUUGACUGCUCUUGGUCUGACUGGAUGGACUUUGGCCCUCCUACAACUGGUCCUAAUGGUGGAGAAGUUGUCCCAAUAAAAAGGAUUAGUGACACUUAUCCUAUGAUCUGCUCCACCCCAACAAAAGUUGAUUGCAGAGCAAAACUCUUCCCUGAUAAGGCCCUUUCAGAAUUGGGGCAGGAAUUGACAUGUAAUGCCCAAGAUGGAUUCAUUUGUCUCAACCAAGAUCAAAGUCUUCAGGAGCAGUGUUUUGACUAUGAACUCAGAGUGUAUUGUUGUGAAAUGAAAGGAGUUGGGUGUACAACUACUCACACUCCAAUUUCCAAAUUGGGGCAGGAAUUGACAUGUAAUGCCCAAGAUGGAUUCAUUUGUCUCAACCAAGAUCAAAGUCUUCAGGAGCAGUGUUUUGACUAUGAACUCAGAGUGUAUUGUUGUGAAAUGAAAGGAGUUGGGUGUACAACUACUCACACUCCAAUUUCCAAAUUGGGGCAGGAAUUGACAUGUAAUGCCCAAGAUGGAUUCAUUUGUCUCAACCAAGAUCAAAGUCUUCAGGAGCAGUGUUUUGACUAUGAACUCAGAGUGUAUUGUUGUGAAAUGAAAGGAGUUGGGUGUACAACUACUCACACUCCAAUUUCCAGCACAACAAUGACAACACCUGAAACAACAACGACUACACCCAUGACAACACCAACAACUACACCCACAACACCAACAACUACACCCACAACAACAACUACUACUACUACUACUACUACUACAACACCAACAACGACUACACCCACAACAACACAAACAAUUACACCCACAACAACACCAACAACUACACUCACAACAACACCAACAACUACACCCACAACAACACAAACAACUACACCCACAACAACAACUACACCCACAACAACACUCACAACAACAACAACAACAAUGACCCCCACUACAACAUCACCAUUAACACCAAAGCCUACAAGUCAAACUCAUACCCCAAUAUCAUGCACAGUUGACUGCUCUUGGUCUGACUGGAUGGACUUUGGCCCUCCUACAACUGGUCCUAAUGGUGGUGAAGUUGUCCCAAUAAAAAGGAUUAGUGACACUUAUCCCAUGAUCUGCUCCACCCCAACAAAAGUUGAAUGCAGAGCAAAACUCUUCCCUGAUAAGGCCCUUUCAGAAUUGGGGCAGGAAUUGACAUGUAAUGCCCAAGAUGGAUUCAUUUGUCUCAACCAAGAUCAAGGUCUUCAGGAGCAGUGUUUUGACUAUGAACUCAGAGUGUAUUGUUGUGAAAUGAAAGGAGUUGGGUGUACAACUACUCACACUCCAAUUUCCAGCACAACAAUGACAACACCUGAAACAACAACGACUACACCCAUGACAAAAUUGGGGCAGGAAUUGACAUGUAAUGCCCAAGAUGGAUUAAUUUGUCUCAACCAAGAUCAAGGUCUUCAGGAGCAGUGCUUUGACUAUGAAAUCAGAGUGUAUUGUUGUGAAAUGAAAGGCGUUGGGUGUACUACUACUCACACUCCAAUUUUAAGCACAACAAUGACAACAACACCUUCAACAACCCCAACAACAACACCCACAACAACACCAACAACAACCCCCACUACAACUUUACCGACAACACAAAAGCCUACAAGUCAAACUCCUACGCCAAAAUCAUGCACAGUGGACUGCUCUUGGUCUGACUGGAUGGACUUUGGCCCUCCUACAACUGGUCCUAAUGGUGGUGAAGUUGUUUCAAUAAAAAGGAUUAGUGAAACUUAUCCUAUGAUCUGCUCCACCCCAACAAAAGUUGAAUGCAGAGCAAAACUCUUCCCUGAUAAGGCCCUUUCAGGAUUGGGGCAGGAAUUGACAUGUAAUUCCCAAGAUGGAUUAAUUUGUCUUAACCAAGAUCAAGGUGUUCAGGGGCAGUGCUUUGACUAUGAAAUCAGAGUGUAUUGUUGUGAAAUGAAAGGAGUUGGGUGUACUCCCACUACUCCCACUACAACCCCAAAAACACCACCCACAACUACACCCACAACAAUGCCCACAACAACAUCCAGCACAACAAUGACAACAACACCUACAACAACCCCAACAACUACAACUACACCCACAAUCACAACAACAACAAUGACUCCCAUCACAACAUCACCAUUAACACCAAAGCCUACAAGUCAAACUCAUACCCCAAUAUCAUGCACAGUUGACUGCUCUUGGUCUGACUGGAUGGACUUUGGCCCUCCUACAACUGGUCCUAAUGGUGGUGAAGUUGUCCCAAUAAAAAGGAUUAGUGACACUUAUCCUAUGAUCUGCUCCACCCCAACAAAAGUUGAAUGCAGAGCAAAACUCUUCCCUGAUAUGGACCUUUCAGAAUUGGGACAGGAUUUGACAUGUAAUUCCCAAGAUGGAUUAAUUUGUCUUAACCAAGAUCAAGGUGUUCAGGGGCAGUGCUUUGACUAUGAAAUCAGAGUGUAUUGUUGUGAAAUGAAAGGAGUUGGGAGUUGGGUGUACUCCUACUACUCCCCCUACAACCCCAACAUCAAUACCCACAAAUACACCCACAACAAUGCCCACAACAACAUCCAGCACAACAAUGACAACAACACCUACAACAACCCCAACAACACCACCACCAACUACACCCACAAUCACAACAACAACAAUUACCCCCACCACAACAUCACCAUUAACACCAAAGCCUACAAGAGUUGGGUGUACUCCUACUACUCCCACUACAACCCCAACAACAACACCCACAACUACACCCACAACACCAACACCAACAACUACACCCACACCAACACCCACAACAACACCCACAACUACACCCACAACAACACCAACAACUACAACAACAUCAACGACCCCCACUACAACAUCACCAUUAACACCAAAGCCUACAAGAGUUGGGUGUACUCCUACUACUCCCACUACAACUCCAACAACAACACCCACAACUACACCCACAACAAUGCCCACAACAACAUCCAGCACAACAAUGACAACAACACCUACAACCACCCCAACAACACCACCAACCACUACACCCACAAUCACAACAACAACAAUGACCCCCACCACAACAUUACCAUUAACACCAAAGCCUACAAUUUAAGAGUCAUGUAUUUUCAGCAUGGACAGACUAUACCAGAUGGAAAAUGUUCCAAUAUUACAUGCAACAAUGGAAUAAUCAUUCAUGAGCAUAUGAAAUGUGAGGAUGCACCUCUGCCUGUAUGUGUGAACAACCACUUGCCCAAGAAAGUCACUGAUGAGUCUGGCUGUUGUUCCAAAUAUGAGUGCCAAUGUAUAUGCAGUGGCUUUGGAGAUCCACAUUACAUCACUUUUGAUGGAACAUACUACCCAUUUCAAGGAAACUGCUCCUAUGUCCUUGUCAAAGAGAUACAUCCAAAAUACAACUUUAGUGUCAUUAUUGACAAUGUCUACUGUGCCUCUGAAGACGGUCUGUCCUGUCCUAAAUCAUUGACUGUGCACUAUAAAUCCUUUGAGAUUUUUAUGACACAGGAGAUUUCUAAAGGAAUUGUCACAAAUGUGAUUAUUGUCAACAACAAGCGGGUUACACUCCCAUAUGAGAACGAGGACUUCCGAAUUACAGACAAUGGUAUUGAAUCACUCGUGGUGAUACCAGCAAUUGAUGCACAGGUUACCUUCACUGGCAUGAUGUUUUUCAUCAACCUCCCAUGGCAAAAGUUCCAUGGAAACACUGAAGGACAGUGUGGUACAUGUGAUAAUAACCGCAAGGAUGAUUGUCGGCUACCAAAUGGCACAGUUGUUUCCUCCUGUGAGAAAAUGGCCCCAUAUUGGAAUGUCAGUAAGAAUGAUAAAUUCUGUCCAAAGCCACACCCAAUGCCAACACCAGUUCCAUGCACCAAUGCUCCAAUCUGUCAGAAUAUUAGCAAUAUCUUUAAGGAUUGCCUUGAGUUUGUCCCACACCAGUAUUAUGAGGAGGCCUGCAAGUAUGAUGUGUGCUACAUGAACAAUCAGGACAUCGGUUGUUCCAGUUUGCAGAUUUAUGCUGAACAGUGUGCUCUGGCAGGAAUCUGCAUCGACUGGAGGCCAGCCACGAAUGGAGUGUGUGAUUUCAAGUGUGAAGAUCCCAAAGUGUACAAAGCUUGUGGACCUCAGAUUCCAGAAACGUGUGACUUGAAAUUUAACCUCAAAUUUAUAAAUGCACCCAGUGCAUUUAAAGCUUUGGAAAGUAUGCUAUGGGAAGGCUGCUACUGUCCUGAAGGCAUGAUACAGUUGAGUCCAGACUUAAACUUGUGUGUUAAUUCUUGUGACUACUGCGUCGCACAUGAUGGACAUUUGCUAAAGGUUAACGAGACUGAGGUCUUCGAUUGUACGAGCUGCACAUGUGAGGCACCAAGUCUGACAGUGAACUGCAUGCCUCUGCCAUGUCCUACACCAACUACUGUUAACUGUAAUGAGCCUGGACAGAAAAGAAUCACACAGAUUGUGGAUUGCUGCAAAAAUGACAGCUGUGUGUGUGAUGUCAGUACCUGUCCCAAUGAGCCGAAAGCUUGCCAACUCGGAUUCAUUCCAAAAGUUGAAACAAAGGUGUGCUGCCCAGUUUACACCUGUGUGCCUGACUCGGUCUGCGUGUUCAAUGACACGGUAUAUAAGCCUGGUGUAACUGUUCCUAUGGAUAAAUGUGAGACCUGUGUAUGUACAAAUGAAGUGGAUUCCCAAACUAAGCUCAAGAAAAUCUCAUGUACUCCUCUUACAUGUCAGACACAAUGUCCAUUGGGAUAUGAGUAUGAGCUUGUUCCACACAAGUGCUGUGGAAAAUGUGUGCAGAUUAACUGUGUGGUUAAAUCUGGAGAUACAGUUAAAAUUAUUAAGGUAAAUGAGACCGUGGUCUCGAAUUGUAUGAGCUGCACCUGUGAGGCGACGAGUCUGACUAUGAACUGCAUGCCUCUGCCAUGUCCUACACAAAAGCCUGUUAGCUGUGAUGAACCUGGACAUAUGAUAAUCUCACAGACUGUGGAUUGCUGCCAGUAUGACCACUGUGUGUGUAAUGUCAGUCUUUGUCCCACUGAGAAGCAUACUUGCUCCCUUGGAUUCACUCCACAAGCUGAAACAAAGCACUGUUGUCCAGUUUACACCUGUAAGCCUGAACCUGUCUGUGUAUUCAAUGAUACAAUACAUAAGCCUGGUGCAGUUGUUUCUAAGGACACAUGUAACGAAUGUGUAUGCUCAAAUGAAGUGGAUUCCCAAACUAAAUUGCACAAAAUCACAUGCACUCCUCUUCCAUGUAACAUCCAAUGUCCUUUGGGAACUGAGUACCAGAUUCUGCCAGAAGAGUGCUGUGGACAGUGUGUGCCAGUGGGCUGUGUGAUUAUCUCCGGAGGUUCCAUUAAAAUUAUCAAGAUCAAUGAGACCCAGGUAAUGAAUUGUAUGAGCUGCACCUGUGAGGCGCCGAGUCUGACAGUGAACUGCAUGCCUGCGCCAUGUCCUACACAAGUGCCUCCUAAAUGUGACGCACCCGGGCAGAUGAUAAUCUCACAGACUAUAGAUUGCUGCCAACGGCCCCGCUGUGUGUGUAAUGGCCUUCUAUGUCCCAAGGAGACGCAAUCUUGUCCUCUCGGAUUCACACUAAAUGUUGCAAUAGGCGUUUGCUGUCCAAUUUACACUUGUGUACCUGAACCUGUCUGUGUGUUUAAUGACACAGUAUAUAAGCCUGGUGUAGCUGUUCCUAAGGAAAAAUGUGAGACUUGUGUAUGUACAGAUGAAGUAGAUCCACAAACAAAUCUUCACAAAAUCUCAUGCUCUCCUCUACCUUGUCAGAAACAAUGUCCUUUGGGAUAUGAGUACCAGCUGGUUCCAGGACAUUGCUGUGGAGAAUGUGUUCAGAUAAGUUGUGUGGUUACGUCUGGAGAUACACCUCAAAUUAUCAAGCCUGGUGAUACCUGGACUCCACCUAAUGACAAGUGUGUGACUUACAACUGUGUGAAAAAUGGGACACAGUACAUGCCUGUAAAGACCCAGAAUGUUUGUCCACCAUUCUCUGAGAAUGACUGCAUUCCUGGAACAGAAACAUCUGAUGCUGACGGUUGCUGUAUGAGCUGUACUCCAAAGAGUGACUGUAACAUCCAGAAAAACACUACUGUGCUGACACAUGAUAAAUGCAUAAGCACAACUCCGGUGGAGAUCACUUCCUGCGGUGGAUUCUGUGGCACAUCUUCGAUGUACUCUGCAGAUUCUAACACAUUGAUGCACACCUGCUCAUGCUGUCAGGAGCAGCAAACCAGUAAGAAAAGUGUGGAAAUGAUUUGCCCUGAUGGAUCGAAGAUCACAUACACGUAUAUUUACAUCGACUUGUGUGGCUGCCAGAAAACCGAAUGUACAGGAACGCAGGGACGCCGAAGGAGACGUUGAACCUUGGACCAGUUUUGAACCACGGAACGUCAUAAAGCAUGUUCAUCUUUAUCCAUGACAAAAGAUUUUAUGAUUUACUUUAAAGUGUAGGUUUUCUCUUUAAUAGUCUAUGUAGUGUUUCUUCUCUUCUUCUUGGUUUUGCAUGCAAUAAGUUGUAAAAUUAAGGAAAAACAUUUACACAUUAUAUUAUUAUUAUUGUUAUUAUUAUUAUUGUAGGAAUGUGCGUAAUGCUUGUUAACACUGGAUGUUCAACAAAGAAAGUGAAGGUGUGGAAGUUCUUCUUUUACUCUGUCUUUUAGCACUUAAUAAACUACUGCAAUUCAAAA